AUGGCCAACACUUGUUUGUCCGGUUUUUUGAUGGAAAGACCUUCACAUGAUUGGACAGUAGAUGCUAAACAAUCCUUGAAAGAAUCAGCGCUAUUUAGAUCCAAUAUACUCAAUGAUGUGCUCAUAAGUAGUUCAAAAAGUUUAAGAGAUCAAGCUGAUGCAGUUGAUACAGCUCUGGCGCGGACGAUAUCUGACACACAUAAUGUUAGAUUAACGAUGGAAAAUGAACUGAAACAAGUGGUUAAUCGAUUAGCAGAUUCCGAAAAAAUAAUUACAAAUCUUCUCCACAUAAUGAGCAAUUUAGAAAAGGGAAAAAUGGUCGCCGAAUCGAGAUUGAACAAUCGACUGAAACGUCCGGGAGCAGAACAGAACUGCGAUGACAAAGCGCAACUGAGAUUGAUUUCGGAACUCCAUAAACUUGAUUUGCAACUACACUCGAUGAACGAAGAGAUAAAGAAAUCCAAAACCGCCCAUUUGGAAUUGCAAAAAGCCCGUUAUCUACUCGAAGACGAAGUUCGUGUCAAAAGAAAAACGAUCUGGGUCGAUUGUAUUCGGUGUCAAAAAGUCCGAACUUUCUAUCCAUCCGUUAACGCAUUGAUUGGUCACUGA